CUACUGGUACAAUCAGGAGAUUUUUUAUAUUACGUCAAGUGAUUUUUAUUCAUUACUUCUUGGUGGAAACAGCGUAGAACGUAACAUAACAUUAUUUUAAAAGAAAUAAUGUCAUUGAAUACAGCACAUGCCCAUGGAGGCGUUUUGAUAUAUGCUGGCGAACGGAUUUUACUAUAUUGUGAUGGAGUAGAGAUGGGAUUUGAUGGCGUCAAUCUGCCACAUUUUAAAGGCAACAAAAAAGGAACACUUUAUUUAACUACUCAUAGAGUGAUAUUUAACAACAAUAGUUCAUCAGACAUGUUGAAAUCCUUCAGUAUACCAUUUAUGUGUAUGAGGGAGGUGGAGUUAGAACAACCUAUAUUUGGGGCCAAUUAUAUAAAAGGCAAAGUAAAUGCAGAGCAGGGAGGUAAUUGGGAAGGUCAAGCAAAGAUCAAGUUAUGGUUCAACCAUGGAGGUGCAAUUGAAUUUGGACAAGCUAUGUUGAAAGCUGGACAAUUAGCAUCAAGGAAUAGAGUACAACAACCUCCACCAUAUAUGCCACCCCAGGGCAAUUUUUACCAAGCCCCACCACCAUCUUAUUCACCCCCACAGACAGGAUAUUAUGAUUGGGUGCCCUAUCAGACAUUCCCAUCAGCUCCACCACCGGAGUAUGUGUAUAUGACUGAAGCUCCCCCACCAUAUCCUGGUGUAGACCCAAGUGCACCACCACCACAACCACAGCAAGCCAAUGGAUAUGGUUCAGAUGAGAAAGCCAGAGAGGCAGCUGCCAGUGCAUAUUAUAAUCCCAGUGCACCGCAUAAUGUACACAUGGUAACAACGCCCUCGUGUCCACCAUCUUAUGAUGAUGCCACCAAGAAAUAUAAUUGAUAUUCACUUCAACAUACUCUUAUUUACAUACUAUAAGUUUACAUUCUUCUAAAAUGGAACAAAAUAAAUAAUUUUGAACUGUCAAACUUGGUAUCAAAAUGAUUUUAGUAAUUCUAUUAAAAUGUAUGACAGGUAGAAAAGAGAACUUUUUAUUGGCUUUUUAUUCAUUUGAUUCAUUUAAAAUUACUGAAGUAAUGAAUUAUAGAUGGUGGGGGUAUGGAAAUACAUAAAUUCUUCUGUUUCCUUUCUUUUUGUUUUCCUGUGAAUUGCAAUUGACAGAAAAACGAAAAAUUGAUGAAUAGAUGAGUUGAUUGUUACUUUUUUUAUCAAAAUUUUGUAAACCAUUAAGUAUUUCUGUUUUAUAUGAAGAGCUUGACAUUUGACACAAUACAACUUCAGUUCAUUAUUUACUCCAUGUUGUUUCACCAUAAAAUAUUGUAAGUGUAUUUAUACAGUAUAACUUGUGUAGUCCUCUCCUCAUCUGUCUAAAUCUCUGCAACCAAAUUUCCAAGCAUGGAUAGAGAAAUAUGUGAUAUUAAUAUAAUUGUAAUGCAUUUAUAGUCAAUUUUUUGGGAUGUGAUUGUAUGGAACAUACUUUUGGAAAGGACUUUUCUGUUAUGAAUUUACUUGUUGAUUUAUUAGUCUGGAUGGUAAUUUAUUUGUUAUAGAUAUGAUAUUGUUGUUAAGGUUAUUGUCUAUAGUUUUGUGUAUAUUCAUUUACAUACAGCAAAUGCAUUUUUCAUUCACUUGUUACAUUUUUACUGAAAUUGGAUGAUAUUGUAUUAUGUCUUCAUUUCUAUUUUACCAUUGUAGACAUUUGAUGUACGAUUAGCUUUGAUAUCUAAACUUAUCUCAGUAUUACAGUAAAAACAUAUAUUUUCAAUUUUUACAUCCAAUGUUUAAACUAUUCAAAUAUCAUCAAAAUACCAGUCUUAACCGUUUAGUGAUGUAACAUAUUUUCAAACUUGGAUAGCUAAGAUCAAUCAAACAUAAAAAAGAUAAAACAAUAACUUAUAUUGAUUUGGAAACAUUAAUUUCUAUAGACAGGUUUUUCUUCUUAGUUUAUCCUUUAAACUAAAUGUUUAUGGACGUUUUUGAUGUUACAGACAUCUAUUGAAGAGUGAAAAUUAUUUGUAACUUUAUUCUGUGUAAUGUAAAUCAUGCAUAAUAAAGAUAUAAAACAAAA